UAGGGCGGAAGGAGUCGUUCUGGAUAAGGAGGGGAACGAAAGAUGGCGGCAGAAACGCUGCUGUCCAGGCUGUUGGGGCUUCUGCUUUUGGGGCUCCUGUUACCUGCAAGUCUGACCGGCUGUGUCGGGAGCCUGAACCUGGAAGAACUGAGUGAGAUGCGUUAUGGGAUCGAGAUCCUGCCGCUGCCUGUCAUGGGAGGGCAGAGCCAAGCUUCAGACGUGGUGAUUGUCUCCUCUAAGUACAAACAGCGCUAUGAAUGUCGCCUGCCAGCUGGAGCUAUUCACUUCCAGCGUGAAAGGGAGGAGGAGACACCUGCUUACCAAGGGCCUGGGAUCCCUGAGUUGUUGAGCCCAAUGAAAGAUGCUCCCUGCCUGCUGAAGACCAAGGACUGGUGGACAUAUGAAUUCUGUUAUGGACGACACAUCCAGCAGUAUCACAUGGAAGAUUCAGAGAUCAAAGGUGAAGUUCUGUAUCUCGGCUACUACCAAUCGGCCUUCGACUGGGAUGAUGAAACAGCCAAGGCUUCCAAGCAGCAUCGCCUGAAACGCUACCACAGCCAGACCUAUGUCAAUGGAUCCAAGUGUGACCUCAAUGGGAGACCCCGGGAGGCCGAGGUUCGGUUCCUCUGUGAUGAGGGUGCUGGUAUUUCUGGGGACUACAUUGAUCGUGUGGAUGAGCCCUUGUCCUGCUCCUAUGUGCUGACCAUUCGGACUCCUCGGCUCUGUCCCCACCCUCUCCUCCGGCCCCCACCCAGUGCUGCUCCCCAGGCCAUUCUCUGUCACCCUGCCCUGCAGCCCGAGGAAUACAUGGCCUACAUUCAGAGGCAAACUGUAGAGUCAAAGCAGUAUGGACAUAAAGUCCUAGAGGAGCUGCAAGACCUAGACCCUCACAUGUGGAGUGAGACCAAGGCUGAGGUGGUGCCCGCAAAGAGAGCUGGUGCAAGCCCAACCAAGGAUGACAGUAAGCAAUCAGAUUUCUGGAAGAUGGUUCAUGAGCCAGAGGGCCAGGCCCAAGGUGGAGAGGACACACCGGCUGAGGAGCAGGAACCAAACCUUGAGCCAGCAGAUCCAGCUCCAGGCUCUCCCGAUGAUUUUCAGAACAACGUGCAGGUCAAAGUCAUUCGGAGUCCUGCAGAUUUGAUUCGAUUGAUUGAGGAGCUGAAAGGUGGAACAAAAAAGGGGAAGCCAAAUGCAGGCCAAGAGCAGCCUGCAGACGAUGCUGCAGAAGUCCCUCAAAGGGAACCAGAGGUGAAGGAAAAGGGUGACACAGAACAUCACAAUGAGGUGGAAGAAGAGGAGGAUGAUGAGGAUGAAGACGAAGAUGAGGAUGAACGGCAGUUACUGGGAGAAUUUGAGAAGGAACUGGAAGGAAUACUGCUCCCAUCAGACCGAGAGCGGCUCCGUUCGGAGGUGAAGGCUGGCAUGGAGCGGGAACUGGAGAACAUCAUCCAGGAGACAGAGAAGGAGCUGGACCCAGACGGGCUGAAGAAGGAGUCAGAGCGCGAUCGGGCUCUGCUGGCCCUGACAUCCACUCUCAACAAACUCAUCAAAAGGCUGGAGGAAAAGCAGAGUCCAGAGGUGGUGAAGAAGCACAGGAGAAGGAGGGUUGUCCCCAGAAAGCCUCCCCUCUCUCCCCGACCAGCAGAGGAGGAUCCUGAGCACAGAGUCCGGGUCCGGGUCACCAGGCUCCGUCACGGAGGUCCCAAUCAGGAUCUGACAGUCCUCGAGAUGAAACGGGAAAACCCUCAGCUGAAACAAAUCGAGGGGCUGGUGAAAGAGCUGCUGGAGAGGGAGGGACUCACGGCGGAAGGGAAAAUUGAGAUCAAAAUUGUCCGACCCGGGGCCGAAGGCACUGAGGAGGAUGCACGUUGGCUGACUGAUGAGGACACAAAAAACCUCAAGGAGAUUUUCUUCAAUAUCUUGAUGCAGGGAGCUGAAGAGGCGCAGAAGGAGCGGCAGCGGCAGAAAGAUCUGGAGAGCAAUUACCGCCGGGUGUGGGGCUCUCGAGGUGGGGAGGGCAUGGGGGACCUGGAUGACUUUGACUUCUGAGGCCACCACUACCAUCAGUUCACCAAGGAGGCCAGAGUCUUCCUGGACUGGCCUUGCUGCCUCCCCACCUGUCUUCCACCUCCUGGCGUCCUGAAGGAAAAACGGCAGAGUAGAGCUGAGCUGAAGAUUUGUGGGGCCCCAGCCAGGGGUGUGGAGGGGCCAUGGGGUAAAGUGCUGCUGCUACUGCUGAAGCUGCCCUGAAGACCACGCCACGCCUGUGAGUUUUGCUCUCCCAGGCUUCUGCCCACAUCCCCUUCCUUGCCUCUCUGGCUUCCCCUGUUAUGUCCCCUAACUUGUUGGUUCAUUUCUCCUCCCUACCUAAAGAGGCAGUGAUCAUUUGAGUGGAGUAGAGAGAGGAGCAAGAAGCGUGGGCCAUGCAGCAGGCCCCUGCCCCUGCCCCUGCUGCUGCCCCCUUCCCUUGGAUUGGCUUCGGGUUUCCUGCUCCUUUCCCUUUCCAUACUGUUCUCUAUAAUCUGUGCAUCUGAGGUGAGGUCCCUUCCUCUGUUACUGAGGAAAUGCGAGAAAGUUGCCCACCACCUCUGACACAAUCCAGUGAAAAGGGUGGGGGACAGACCCACCCACCAUGUUCUUGAACAAUCAGGUUUCUAAAUAAAGAACUGGACCAUCUA